GCAGAUGUCGCAACCGGAACAGGGUAAACGACUCUCUUCCUUUAGCUAUUUUCGGUCAUGUAUUAAGAUAAAACAAUCGGAGGCUGAUGAUGCGCACAUAUGUUAGGGCUUGGUUGAUUGAUGUCACGAAUGAAUUAAACAACCCCACGAAUGUUUAUCAAGGAUUUGAUAUAACGGCUGCAUCAUUCCCCUCAGACACCCCGAACAGGAUUGGAAGCUUUAGUUUUUCCCAACACAAUGCGAUAGAGCGUUUUCCUGCUGAGUUUCAUGCCAAAUUUGACCUGAUAAACGUCCGCUUGGUUAUACAAGCUUUCAAGGCUGCCGAUGUGCCAAAAGUGAUAUCAAACUUGGUGGAAAUGCUCCGGCCGGGCGGUUUCCUUCAGUGGGGAGAUCUCUCAUGGAUCGACACCAAAGUCGAACCACCCCAUGAGGACCUCGAAGUAGCCCUGGAGCUCAGUCGUAAGCAUAUGAGGUUUCAUGGUGUAGCUGAAAAAAAAAUAAAAACCCAGCCUUCCUACCCUCAUCGAUUCCACCAUGAGAGAACUGGGGAUGCAAGAUGUACCCCUCGUAAAAAAUCGACACGUGAGGCCGUCCCUAAUGCUGAAGAAGAGGAGAGCGCGAGCAAGCCAGCCCUUCUAGCUAUGCUUCCGAAGGUCUCGGAGACGCAGAUGCUGUCAGAGAAUAAGCCUGUCAACACUGCGGAGAUCGAUGCAAGACGGGUCGAGUUAGCUGGUCGUUUCGAACAGGCUUUUGCGAGCGGCUAUACUUUGACAUGGUAUUUCUGCCUGAUUGUGGGGAAGAAACCCCUGGCAUGA